AUGCGACGCAGAAGUUAUCCCUCAAAGGGCGAGCACUAUCAAUGGGAAUCAUUCCCGCCCCAUAGUGAAUCUGAUCGCCAACUCGCCCGAGAGACUCUCUUGCGUCUACAUGAGCUGUAUCCGGGCAUGAGACAGCCCAGUACUCGCAGCGGCAGGGAUGAGAUCAUUCGGAUUCUGACGGAGGCUAUCGAAGAAUACCAAUUCCCCCCAUUCGUCCGCUAUGGCUACGAGGAUGGCCCCGAUGCUGCCCUGAAUGCCCUCUAUCAGGCAUACAUUAAACUCCGAAGCAACUUGGCCUCGCGUUUGAUGAAACUGUCUCUAGCCAUCCCGAACAACUCUCGAGCCCCCAACAACCGCCAUCACCAGCACCAUCCGGGGAUACCGCUCGCCCACAACGAACCGAUUCCGCCUGAGCAUGUCUCUUUUGAAUUAUGGACGCAGUUCCUUAAGAUGGACUGCGAUUACAAGGAGGGGAUUGAGGAGAUCCGCCCGCUCGAUGCCAACGGACAAGCCUUAGCGCCAGUACGCACGCCGAAUCGGCUGCGGUUUCUUCUGCUGCAGGCCACUGGCCACAUCCUCGUGUUCGAGAUCGUCGCAUCGUGCCCGAUGACAGAGCGGCGGCCCUCUAGAAACCAACGGCGAUUGGUGGCAGAAAGUGUAUAG